AUGAUGCUCUCCAGGGAGACGUGCGGGCGAGAAGCCCGGAAGGGUGACGCGCAGCCCCGCGGCGAGAAGCGCAAGAGUAGCGGCGGCUUGACCAGGGGACGCAAGAAGCAAAGGCAGGAUGAUCUUCAGAGGCCCACUUUGCUGCGCCUCCGGCCCAUCAACGUCAAAGGCAACCGAGCUCGGGGCAUGCGCGCCCCCAAGAACACCAACCAGUUCCUCAUGCACGAGAAGUACCAGAUGAUGCACAUGCGUUCCGAUUCGGUGGGCAGCGACACCGGGGGAAGCUGCUCCGAUAGCGACUCGGAGCUCACCGACAUGGACUCGUACCUGGGCGCCCUGGAGAACGCCAGAGGAGCCCUGCCAGACGGUCCUGAUCCAGCACCAGAACCGCCGAGCGGGACGCGGCAGGACCAGGAGGUCCAACAUGAGGACAGCAUGCAGUACUUUCCGUCCGAGGACGACCUUUUGCAGAGCCACAACUUCAUGCAACGGGACUUUGCGCAGUUUUGUGACUUUUUGACGUCGUAA